CUGUGUAUGACUAUGAAGAUGCUCAGCCUACAAUAAAUACAAGCACAAUAGAAGCUUCGCGGGACUACAAUGGGUCCAUUGAUAUGGAAGACGAAUUUGAUUGGAUGGAUCAGGAAUUGAUGGACAAUACAGAAUUCAAUGCCAGCUCUACUUUUGAAACCCUCAGAAUUGAUUUACAUGCGAUUGUUUCAAAAGUGCCUCGUCGUCCCAAUCUGGUGGUCAGUUUUGAUGACGUUGCUAAUGAGAUUCAAUACGACGAUGCAGAAAGUGAUUCAUCCCCUGAAAUGGAUCAAACGGAUACUGCCACUACGGCUGAUGAAACGCAUCCAAUGCUAUUUAUUCUUGGUGGAGGGGACAAUUCUGCGAAAAAUAAUCCUCUUAAUCCUGUAUACAAUACAAUCCCCAUCACAUUGCCUGCAUUUUCGUCAUCACCUCUGUUUAGCGAUUAUUCCCCGCUCCCCAUCGAUGAUGCGAUCCCUAGUCCUUUGCAAAAUUCCAAGGCCAGUGGAACGGAUCAUAAUUCCAACUCGAUCAAAAUGCACUCCGCUUUUGUUUCAUCGCGAACAUCACCAGAAUUGCACCAGCCUUUCUCCGAGACUGCAUCUUCCAGCAACAAUGCUGAACCCCCACAUCUUCAAUCUAUAUCCACUAACACUUUAAAUGUUCAAGGCAAUUCUAUGGCUUUGCAUCGCUCACAUUCUAGCGAAAUGAUAUCUGGGCUGCCUCAGCGAACAGUUAGUGUAAAAUCUCCCCAACGUGGCG